AUGCAGGCUUAUUCUAGAGAAAAUCGCGGAUACAAUUGGCUUCUUACGAUAAUCGAUAAUUUUUCAAAGCAUGCGUGGACCGUGUCAGUGAAAAAGAAAACCGAUAGUGAUGUGGCAGCAGCACUGAAAUCUGUUUUGAUGAAAGGUCUAGUACCAAAUAAUCUUCACACGGACAAAGGCAAAGAAUUUUACAAUAUAAAAUUUCUUCUACGCGGCAAUCACAAAUGGGUAGAUAUACUACCAAAGCUCACUGCUGCUUACAACAAUCGUAAACACAGAACGAUUGGUAUGAAACCUAUUCAAGUGACAACGGUGAAUCAAGCUCAAGUAUUACGCAAUUUUGCUCAAGAAUGUACAAGAAGGAGGCCAAAGUUCAAAGUUGGCGAUAAAAUGAAAGUGAUUUCAUCAAAUCCAAAUAUUUAUCACUUGAAAGAUUAUCAAGAUCAGCCCAUUCUUGGUGGUUUUUACGAGCAGGAACUACAAAAAACGAAUCAUCCCGAUAUAUAUCUGGUUGAAAAAUUAUUAAAAGACGUGAUAAUCGAGUGUUUGUGA